AUGGCGGCCGCCGCACACGAGCCCAAGCCGCGCUUCCACGUCGCGCCGCCGCAGGGCUGGAUAAAUGAUCCGAACGGGCCCCUUUUCUACAAGGGCUACUAUCACUUGUUCUAUCAGUAUGUGGAAACAGGCUGCACCUGGAACUGGGGUUUGCUUUGGGGCCAUGCUGUGUCGCGCGACCUAAUCACAUGGCAGCACCUGCCUCCUGCACUCGCCCCCACGUUUGGGGGCUUCGACGGAGAUGGUUGCUUCAGCGGUUGCGCCACCCUCGAUGAAGACGGUGUGCCCACCAUCCUGUACACCGGGGUCCGUCUGCGCUCGAGUGAUGUCUGCGGUCCGCUGCCUCCGCCCGAGUGCGACCUGGGAAACGCCUGCAUUGAGACGCAGUGCCUCGCCUUCGGUGACCCUGCCGACCCCAAGCUCACCUACUGGGCCAAGGAGGAGACUCCCUUCCUGUCCCUGCCGCCGCCGAACAUGAAUCUGACGGCGUGGAGGGACCCCUACGUCCUCGGCCGCCCGGGGGAGGACGGACAUGACUGCUGGACGGUCAUGGUGGGCGCGGGCAUCAAGGAGCGUGGUGGCACGGCGCUGGUCUAUAAGUCUCCCACACUUCGAGGAGGGUCUUGGAGCUAUGCUGGAGAGCUGUGCAGGGGCGGUGGCGACACCGGAGUCAUCUGGGAGUGUCCCGUCAUGAUGCGGCUGCCUCGCCUACCCCGGCCACCGCAGCCUCAGCCGCAUCGCAAUGCGCCUUUUGCUUUGCGCGCGCAGCAUCAGCAGCAGCAGGUGCAGUCGCCGCUGCCAGUGGAUGUUUCCACUACCCCCGGCGGCGGCGGCGGCACCGUAUUGCCCGCCUUCACCAGCCCUACAAGACCCAACAAAACCGACGGCGCUGCCGCGCCGCCGCCGCGCAACCUCAUCGUACUGCCGCCGCCGGCACCGGCAUCGCCGCGACCGCUGAUCAAAGCGCAACCCGCGUCAGCGGCGGAGGCGGAGGUUCUGCCGUACGGUAUGGUAACGGUGGAUCGCCUGGGGGCGGGAGCGGGCCCCGCAGCCGCGAUCGCUCUGCUGUCACCGCGGAGGCCGACACUGGAGGCGGCGCUGCAGCAGGCGCCCUUGAGCCCCCUCCGGUCGCCGAUCGGCUGGAAUUUGCCGCCGCUGGCGGCACUGCCCCACGCGCCCUCGCCGCCGGUGGUCAUGGGGAGAGAGAUGUUGCUGAAAGAUGUCGCUCGCUGGAAGUUGCUAGGUAGCGCAAAAGCUUUUGGGCUGCAGCUCCUGUUGCUGAGGGCUCAGAGCCUUUAUCUUUGUCAGUGUGCUGUGGCUGUGGCUGUGGCUGUGGCUGUGGCUGUGGCUGUGGCUGUGGCUGUGGCUGUGGCUGUGGCUGUGGCUGUGGCUGUGGCUGUGGCUGUGGCUGUGGCUGUGGCUGUGGCUGUGGCUGUGGCUGUGGCUGUGGCUGUGGCUGUGGCUGUGGCUGUGGCUGUGGCUGUGGCUGUGGCUGUGGCUGUGGCUGUGGCUGUGGCUGUGGCUGUGGCUGUCACCCCUGAGCCCACGCCCCGGGCCGCCCCGAAAUUCCACCGGGGCCCCCGUGUCGCCACCCUAGUGCCGCCCAAUCCCCCGCGGGUUAAGGCCUCGACGGCUGCCGCCACGGCCACCGCCGCCGCCGCCGCAGCCCCUAGGGACGCAGCGGCAUCCUUUUCCUGGCAGCGCUACCAGACCUUUUUCUGCAUCUGUCCCGACGACUGUAACAGCAUGGCUGUGUAUUACCUGGGGUCGUACGACGCGGGUGGCUCAGCUUUCAACCUGGAUGAGGCGCUGGGUCCCUUCCCUUUGGACCUGGGGGACAUCUUCUAUGCGCCAAACAUGCUGAGGGACGCGGAGGGCCGUGCGGUGCUGUGGGGCUGGCUGCAGGAGAAGCCCCGCAAGGUUGGCACGUACGACUACGCGGGGUGCUUGUCCAUGCCACGACUGGUGGACGAGCAGCCGGCCAGAAACGGCAACGAAGGUGACAAUGUACGGCCGGCCGUACAUCUGGUGCAGCAGCCGCCGGCAGACAUUUCCAAGCUUCGGGUUCCAGGCAGCGCGUGGCAGGGGGAGGGAUUGCUGCUGGAGCCCGGGUCCACGUUGCCUAUCCCACUGGCUUCUGGAGACCACUUCGAGCUGGAGCUGACAAUGGUGCCGCUGCCGCAGCCGUUGGAGCCGCUGCGGGAGGGUGACGACAGCGGCGGAGCUAAUGCCACCGGCUCCCAGGCCGACAGCCCGCAGUCCGCGGCAGGCCCGAGUCCCGGUCCCAGUCCGCGUCGCAGUCCGGUGGCACAGGUGGCGGCUGCGGCAGUCACGGGCGAUUGGCGGCGUGGUGGCGGCGGCGGCGGCGGCGGCGGCGGCGGUGUCUGCCGAUGCAGCGGUGUGCUGCUGCACAACUGGCGCAGCGGCGCGGAGGGCUCGGCCGCUCUGCUGUACCACUGGGAUAGCGGCGUGCUGGAGGUGGUGUUUGAGGCUAUGGACCCGGCCACGCUUACCUUCAGCUUGGCGGCCCCAGGGGUGCGGCGAGUCGGCGGCCGGCUGCAGCGGCCGCCUGCCCCGGGCAGCCCGUUGUCACUUCGCGUGUUCCUGGACUACUCCUGCCUCGAGGUGUUCACGGGAGAAGGCGAGGUGCUCACGGCGCGAGUCUACCGCGGCAGUGCGCCCACCAACCCCGCGCAACACCACCACCAACACCUCCGCCAGCACCAGCAGCAGUACCCGUAUGCGCGGUCGUCACCUGGGGGCGCCGGGAGCGUGGGAGGCGACAUGGCGGCUUUGGGCGUGGAGCUCGUGUCGUUUGGGUGCAGUACGGAGGUCCCCCGUGUCGGGGCGUACGAGAUGGCGGCCAUAUGGGCAAAGCGUCGAGGAGCGUUUGUCUGUAGCGGUAGACCCGUUGAUCGAUUCUUGCUGGCUGUGGACUGCCCGAGUGCGCUCCCAGGGACUAAAUACCGUUAG